AUUGGUAUGUUUCCGGAAGCACACACGUGUUUGGUCCUUCACUUCAACGUUGCAGAGUCAGUAAUGUUGUAACUGAAAAACAGACUGAUUUAAUGUCACUUUAUUACAAUCUCUGCCUUGGGGAGUUAUUUCGGGAUGGUCUGGACAAGCAGAGUUUGUUUCCGGAAGUAUGGCAACUUUGUGGAUAAUAUACGACUUUAUGUGAGGGGUGGGAGUGGAGGAAUGGGUUUGCCCCGUUUAGGGGGACUUGGAGGAAACGGUGGAGAUGUUUUGGUGGUGGCCAAAAAAGACAUUACACUGAAGCAAAUCAAGGACAAGCACCCUAACAAACGAUUCACUGCAGGUGUUGGUUCAAACAGCUGUAUUCAUGCUCUGAGAGGGGCUAAAGGAGAGGACGCCCAGGUCUUUGCACCUGUUGGGAUCAGUGUUACAACGGACAAUGGGAGAAUCUUAGGUGAGUUGAACUGUGAAGGAGACAGACUUUUGGUGGCCAAGGGGGGUCAUGGUGGCACUCUUCACUCCGGGUUCUUACCCAGUAAAGGUCAAACCAGACAGAUACGGCUGGACCUUAAACUUAUCGCAGAUCUUGGACUUGUAGGGUUUCCCAAUGCAGGAAAAUCCUCAUUGCUGACUGCCUUGUCUCACGCUAAACCAAGGAUUGCCAACUACCCCUUUACAACCUUAAGACCUGAAAUUGGAAAGGUUAUGUAUGAUGACCACAAGCAGGUUUCAGUAGCAGACUUACCAGGACUCAUUGAAGGUGCUCACGUGAAUAAAGGCAUGGGACACAAGUUCCUCAAGCAUGUGGAGAGAACCAAGCAGCUCAUGUUUGUGGUCGACAUCUGUGGGUUUCAGCUGGCUAGUAACAGUCCGUUUAGGUCUGCAUUUGAAACCGUGCUGCUUUUAACCAAGGAACUUGAGUUAUAUAAGGAGGAACUGUUAGGCAAGCCAGCGAUCCUGGUCAUAAAUAAGAUGGACCUCCCCGGGGCUCAGAGUCAUCUCAGAGAACUGGAAGCUCACUUGGAGAGCCAGGACGAAUCAAGCCAACUCUCUCCUGAGGAUGUCAUCCCUAAAAGCCUAAUGCAUUUCACGCACAUCGUCCCAGUCUCUGCCACAACUGGCCUUGGUCUGCCCUUGCUCAAGUCCCUCAUCCGCCAAUCACUUGAGGAGCAGGACAUCAUAGAAACUGAGGGUCAGCGCGGUGAGAGGCUACUCAAGUUGAGAAGGGAGAUUCCCACUUCAUCCGUACACAGCUGGGGGUUUACUCAACUGACCUGAGAUCCCACAUACAGGUUUCGGUAUGGCAGCCCAUAAAUGAUCCUCAGGGAUACUGUUGAACAUUUGCGAAUAUGUGAAAUAUGCAGUGUGUGGUUAAAGCGCAUUCAGUGGAACACAAACAGCACAUUUCACUUGACAAAUCAGUCUGUAUUGUAUAGACUAGUAUCUGUGACUGAUAUGUGUUUAAAUGUUGCGUUCUGACAUCAAAAUGCUGACCUUUGUGUCUGGAUAAGCUUUCAUGUAAUACAUUGCUUGAAGUUGGUUUUAGCUGCUCUCCCAGUCUAAUCAGGCUGGUCUGGACCGCUGGAAGGCGUUUUGGGAACUUGUCAACUGGUCCACCAGCUAUAUACCAUCUGAUAUAUAUCAUUUAUUUAAAAAAAAAUUCUGAACAAGGUAAGAUGCCUAAAAAUGCUCUCUAUGAAAAUUAUUUUCUAUACUUUAUUCUAUAAAAAGAACCACCUGGAGUUUUAGCCAUUUAAUUAGUUCUUAUUCCGUUAGCCUCCCUGUAUUUCAAGCUCUUCAUGCAUUUUGUGGAGAAGUUUGUAACAGAAUCAGAGCUCUACUGCCAUCUACUGAUUUUUCAUGCUGCUGUUUGUGAUUUACUGUGGGUGUUUUAUACCUUCAUGGAUUGUUUAAUGUUAGAUUAUUCUGUGCCAGAGUAAAACCCAAGUAAAAAAUUUGCAAUAAAAUUAGGAAUGAUCAGUUCAAAACAA